AUGAAUACGGCACAGGAAACAACAGAGUACGUUUCAGAUGAAGAAGAGGACGUGUUCAUCGACUCGGGCGAUGUAUUUGCAGAGAUUCCUGAUGACGGUGAUCAUCCUAUGGACGAGGAUGAUGAAGCAGAGGACAUAAUUGGCGAUCUUCCAUCGGGGGAUUCUGAUGUGAACGACAACUCGCUGCAGCACUUUACCACUCACAACGGCUCUGUGUUUGCUAUAUCAUGUCAUCCGACGGAAGCGCUUGCAGUCUCCGGGGGUGAAGAUGAUCUUGGAUACAUAUGGGACAUCACGGAUGGAGAAGUUAUUGUAAAGCUGACUGGACAUACGGAUAGCGUAUGCAGCGCGUCUUUCAGCAGUGAUGGUCAGAUGGUCGCGACUGGUGGAAUGGAUGGCAAGGUGAGGAUAUGGAGAAGAGUUGGCACAGUGGACUUCAGAAAUUGGGAGUUCUUGACUGAGCUUCAAGGCCCAGACGAAGUGAUUUGGCUACGUUGGCAUCCCCGCGGAACAAUUUUACUCGCAGGCUCCAAUGAUUCUACGGUUUGGUUGUGGCAAUUGCCAUCGGGUAAUACCAUGCAGGUAUUCGCCGGACACAGUGGUCCAGUCCAAUGUGGAGAGUUUACACCUGACGGCAAGCGGAUAGUAACCGCCUCUGAGGACGGAUCUCUCAUUUAUUGGGAUCCGCGAUCAUCAACUCCGUUGUUCAAACUUUCACCAGAAGAUGCUCGUUUUGAUCUUGAGAGCAUUACAUCUCUUGCAGUAAAUGCUUCUUCUACCCUCGCAGUUGUUGGUGGAACGUCGGGAAGUGUGCGUGUAGUAAGUCUUAGCAAGGGUGAGGUCGUCGGUGCCCUUGGGGGACACGCUGAGGGGGAGAGCGUUGAAGCUGUACAAUUUGUCGAUCUCGGUGGAACAGGAAGCAGUCCUGGUGUUGUAGUCACUGGUGGGACGGAUGGGAAAGCGUGUGUAUGGGACCUAACCACAAUGAGACUUCGCGCAACUCUCGAGCAUCAGGAUGCAGUUACGUCACUAUUGGGUCACCCGGCACCAAAAAGUCAUUUGAUAGUGUCGGCGUCCGCAGACAACACACUCCGGACGUGGGAUACUCGCACUGGCGCACUAAUCAAGGAGCACACCGGGCACCAUGGCCCUAUACUCAGCGCGUCUCUGGGACUUCAAGGUUCUGUGGUUGUUAGCGGUGGGGAUGAUUCGGCUUGCCUAGUCUUCACUACGGAGAUCGAUGAGUCAGGAUAG